UGGAAGCUUCUAGUUUCAGUCUCUCUCUCUCUUUCUUUAGGAGCGGAGAACUCAACAUCUUUCCCUUCUUCUUUUUCUUCAAUUUUGAUUUACACAGAUUACUGUGUGAGAGAGAGCUGUAAUCUUACUAUGAUCAUGAAAGAAGAUCACCAAAAUCGCAAAUCAGAAAGUGGGUUGCGCCAUUUAAGCAAGAUUAUGAACAACUGUAAGUAAGGGUAGGUAAAUCUGAAGUAUUUUUCGAGAUCUCCGAAAUUUUCCUGGUAUUCAUCUUCUCCUUUCCUUCCUUUCAUAGCUUAGGGUUUAUGUCAAAGCAAACAGAGAAAUGGUAUUUCUUCUUAGCACGAAAUCUUCUCUUAAAGCAUUGAAAAACUCUGUUUCAUCACAAUUUAAACUGUUUCCUGUAAUUUCUUCCCUCUCCUGUUAAAAAUGCGUAGAAUUCAAUCUGAAAUCAGUAGUUCUUCUCCUUCUUCAUUGCCAUCUCCAUUUCCACACAAGGAACCAUCUUCUAAAAUAAGUCCAGCUCUUAUUAUUAUCAUAGUUAUAGUAUCAGUUUUGUUCUUCAUAGCUGGUCUUCUUCAUCUUCUACUUAGAUUCUUAAUAAAACACAGAUCUUCUUCACCGACGUCUGAUUCCGGUCGGUACCCAGAAAUGUCAGGUACAGAUACUGUCCAGAGACAAUUACAACAGCUCUUCCAUCAACAUGAUUCUGGACUUGAUCAAUCCUUUAUUGAUUCUCUUCCAGUUUUCAUGUAUAAAGAGAUAAAGGGUUUAAAAGAACCAUUUGAUUGUGCAGUAUGUUUAUGUGAAUUCUCAGAUAGAGAUAAAUUGAGAUUACUUCCAUUGUGUAGCCAUGCUUUUCAUAUUGAUUGUAUAGAUACAUGGUUACAAUCAAAUUCAACUUGUCCACUUUGUAGAGGAAAUCUAUUCACACAAGAUUUCUCUAUUGAAGAAAAUCCAUGUUUUGAUUUUGAACAAGAUGAGUUGAGAGGAGAAGAAGAAGAAGAUGGGGUUCAAGUUCAAGUUCAAUUUUCAUCAUCUGAGAGAGAAAUUGUGAAUGAGAAGAGGGUUUUUCCAGUUAGACUUGGGAAAUUUAAAAGCACAACAAAUGUUGAUAAUGGUGAUGGUGAAACUAGUAGUAGUGAUUUGGGUGCAAGGAGAUGUUAUUCAAUGGGUUCAUUUCAGUAUGUUGUUCAGAAUUCAGAACUUCAAGUGAUUUUGAGAAGAAAUAAUAAUCAUAGAGCUGCUGCUGUUGUUAAUGGAGGAAGUAUGAGAUUGUUAGGGAAGACAAUGAAGACUGUGAAUAAUUGUAAUUCAGACAUUGAUGGUGAAGGGAAAAGGAUUAACAGUAGAAUCAAAGGUGAUAGUUUUUCUGUUUCUAAGAUUUGGUUGUGGUCUAAGAAGGGCAAAUUUCCAACUUCUUCAGAAACCCUAAUGAUGGCUAAUCAUAAUCAUCAAGAUCCUUCACUUCAAAUGAUUUGAAUUCGAGUUUUGUUUUUUUUUUAAAAUUAUUGGGUUUGAUUUCUGUUUAUCUUUUGGAUUAUUAUAUAAUACAAUGAUUAAAGGUUGGUUUGA